UAGGAUUUUGUUUUACAUCUGUUACUGGGACCAGACGGUGCCUACAACAUUUCACUCAUUGGGACCAUUUUAAGUGAUUAUGGAUGUAUUUUGUCUGUGAUUCCAGUGUGUCAUUGUCACGUUAAUGACAAAAAGUGGGCAUAUUGUCAUUUGCAACCAGUAUAAUCCAAGAUGCCGCCAGCAGUUGGGGGUCCUGUAGGAUAUACUCCUCCAGAAGGUGGAUGGGGCUGGUUUGUGGUCUUGGGUGCUUUUAUCUCCAUUGGAUUCUCCUAUGCCUUCCCUAAAUCCAUCACAGUCUUCUUUAAGGAGAUUGAAGUGAUCUUCGGUGCAACAAGUAGCGAGGUGUCCUGGAUCUCUUCCAUCAUGCUGGCUGUAAUGUAUGCUGGAGGUCCAGUCAGCAGUAUCUUGGUGAACAAGUUUGGAAGUCGUCCUGUAAUGAUUGUUGGUGGCUGCCUGUCUGGUUCAGGGUUAGUGGCAGCUUCAUUUUGCAACUCUGUACAAGCCCUUUACUUUUGGAUUGGCGUUGUUGGAGGUUUAGGAUUGGCAUUCAACUUGAAUCCUGCCUUGACAAUGAUUGGCAAGUACUUUUUCAAAAAGCGUCCCAUUGCUAAUGGAAUUGCCAUGGCCGGAAGUCCAGUCUUUCUUUCCACUUUGGCACCCCUUAAUCGCUGGUUUUUUGAUUACUAUGGCUGGAAGAGCAGUUUCCGUAUCCUUGGUGCCUUACUGCUUAACUGUUGUGUAGCUGGAUCUCUGAUGAGGCCCAUUGGCCCUAAACCUGCAAAAAUGCCACCAAAAGAUGUAGUCAAAGAAACUGGAAAAGCUGAACUUGGAGAAACUGGAGAUCUAUUGGACGGAAAGCCAAAAGAAAAGCUUACAUUUUUUCAGAAGAUAAACAGUUUUAUUGAUCUUACUCUUUUUACGCACAGAGGCUUUUUACUCUAUCUACUAGCUAAUGUGAUUAUGUUUUUUGGCCUCUUCUCUCCACUGAUAUUCCUCAGUAGCUAUGCAAAGAAGAAAGGCAUUGAAAAAGAACCAGCUGCUUUUUUGUUAUCCAUUCUGGCUUUUGUGGACAUGGUUGCUAGACCUUCAAUGGGUCUGGUGGCAAAUACAAAGUGGGUGCGGCCCAGAAUACAAUAUUUCUUUGCUGUUUCCAUACUGUAUAAUGGCGUUUGCCAUCUCUUUGCUCCACAGUCUACUAAUUAUAUGGGCUUUGUUUUUUACUCCAUUUUUCUGGGGUUUGCCUUUGGUUGGCUCAGUUCUGUCUUGUUUGAAACUCUUAUGGAUCUUGUUGGAGCUCAGAGGUUCUCAAGUGCAGUUGGCUUGGUCACAAUUGUGGAAUGUGCACCUGUACUUCUGGGGCCACCUUUGUUAGGUAAAUUUGAAGUCAUCUAUGAUGACUACAUGUACACCUACUACGCCUGUGGGAUCGUCAUGAUAAUUGCCAGCGUUCUUUUAUUUAUUGGAAUGGCCAUACAUUAUAGACUGCUGGACAAAGAGUCAAAGGCUGAAGAGGCAAAAGCCAGGCAAGAACCCAAGGAAGAAGAAACCAAUGUUGACAGUUUAGUCAAUGAAUCUGAAGCCAACAACAUGAAGAGUGUAGCAUCCGCUGACGAUUGUGAAAACUGAUUAGUAAAUGCAGUCUUCAGUAUUUCAUCAUGACCUUUUUUAUAUUACCUUAGAUUGUUUAUUUUAUUGAUUUCUACUUUAUACCAAGCCAGCGAUUGGAGAAGGAAAAUGAAGGGUUGGGAGUGUCUGAGCUAAAGAUUCUAGCUGUAGCUGCGGAAUGAGCUUUUUAUUCUCUCCUUUUCAGGGACUAUAUUUUUAAGCAGUGUACGUCUGGUGGGUUAGUGACUUGGUUUUGUUCUUAAAGAAACAAAUUAUCAGUUUAUAGGAACUGCAAUACCUAGGGCUGUUUUUAGUGGUUGUGCCUUUUAAUCGAGUCAAAGCAUCCCGUUGCCUUUCUAUUCAGGUGAGCUAUGCCAUGUCUAAUAGACCUACUUGCUUGGACAGUACCUGUAAAUUUAAUGACCUGUAGGUUUCUCUUAUAGCCGUGCCUUUGGGGGUCAACAGUCACGAUGUUUCUUUUGUAUGAAAUGUGCUUGAAGGUAAAUUUCAGUUUUGCUGGUGUAGAGUGGCCUCGUGUGUCCCCGCUAUACUACAUAGCAUGUGAAUUUUUCUUUGGCAUAGUGCUGUUGCAGAAAUAUUUUAUAAGGCAGAUUACUACUUAAACUUUACUGCACCCCUGAAAUGCUUUGCCCAGUAUAAAGGUCUUUUCGUAUUUGUUCCCUUGUCUGCCUUUCUUGUCUCAUGAGCUUAAUUUGCGAAGUGUUAACUAAUGGAAUGUUUUUUGUGUGUGUUAGUCUGAGAGAUUUGAUUUAGGCCUUGUCAGUGUUGUCUGCUCCUUUUCAAAUAUUUCAGCUUUCGUGUUGACCUUUAUUUGGUUUUCAUCGUUGAGGUUUCAAGUAUGUGAUGCAGCUUCCUAAAUGUUUUGUGUCGCUUAUCUAACCCUUAAACCAGUUUUGCUUAUUUGCUCCUGAAUAAAUUUCACUUGAAUCUUCUUGAGAAGUGUUCUUUUAGGUGUGGGGUUUCAGAAUUCCAUAAACAAAUGUUUAGAUUUCUCCAUUCCAUAAUCAUAAUUUUUAAUUCCAGCAUUGCAAAUGAACUUUUCUGGAGUUGUUGAUGGUGUACCAGCCACUCGUCGUAUUAUUACAGUGUAUUUGAAAUCCUGUAUAGUUGCAGAUCUGCUCUAAGCUCUUUAUUUUUUAACAAAUAAGUAUAUCUCCACUGAAAUUUAUGUGUAGAUGUUUUAAGUUUUUAUUUGUCCGAUUAUUAACAUUUUUAUGGUUUGUUACUUUAUGUGCAUCUGUAUGAUUUUGUUUUUUAGAUGUUUUGGUUGAAAAAAUACAUUUCAGAAAGUUUCCUAUGUGUACUCCUUGUACUUUGUGUGUGUUAGCGGGCACAAGUCUGACAAAGUAAAAAAAAAAAAAAAACAUUCAGGAAAUUAAAUAUUUCUUACUGUGCAUAAACUUUUAAUAUUUAGAAUUUUUAAAGGUUUUAUUAACAAGUGUAUGUGUAGUUUGUUAUAGGGCAAGUUGCUUUUUAAUUUCCUGAAAGAUUUUGGAAUGUACUGAUCUUUUAUAGAAUAUUGUGUCUAAUGAUUUUAAAAUGAAAUUUUUAUAAGUUUGAUUCCUCACCAAUCUGACUUGCUCUAAGCGUUGCUGACCAUCUAAUUUUCAGAUAUGUUGUAUAUAUUUGAAGCAAAAUUCAGAGUUUAGUCUUCUGAAACUUCAACUAUGUCAGACCAAAUUAGUUUACACUUUAGAGUCUUUCAUAUAAAGGAAAAAAAUCAGUUAAGUGCAAUAUUUAUAAUAAACUAUAGCACAGUUUAUUCUGUCAAUCCGAGCCUAAAUUGUAUUAACCUAAUUAAAUGUACGUAUUGUUUUAUUUUUUUUUUAUAAAGUGGACGGCUUCAGAGUUUACUAAUGAAGCAGCGUAGUUUUUAAAUAGUCGACUGGCAGUACUUUUGAAGGCCUGUUCCUUCCAUAUUUGUCGUUGGUGCUCAUUCACUCAACACUCUUUCUCUCAUUGGAAUACACCGAUUUUAUGGACUUGAGUGUUUUGCUCACCUCCUCCUGACCAAUGCAGUUGUAUCCAGUCCGUUUGCUUUACCAAAUCCUAAUGCUAACCUAGGAAGGUGAGUCAAACACGAGACCAAGUCAGUUGUUUGCUGGUUUUGCUCUUGCAAGCAGUUCCUUCAAAUGGAUUGUUUGCAAGUGAGCAUGUAACAGCUAGCAACGUGAAAGCGCAGCUAUUGAAGCAAAAAUGUGUUGUGACUGAUAAUGUUCAUAAACUUGUCCUUAAUGUCUAAAUAAACUUUUUUCCAAAAAAGUCUUUAAA